CGAAACCCACAUCCUUUUUAGUAGUUUGUUCGUUUAUCGUCAGCUCUGGAUGAAUCAUCUGAAGCAGCAAAGCUUCUUCCAUCUUCCUUGCUUGGUUUCUAUUCUGAGCGGGAAUCAAGUUUAGCGUGUUGCUUUAAACGCACUUUGAGUAUCUCUAAUUUGGAGCUGAAUCAGUGUCAGUGAAGAAGGAGACAAUGAUGCAGACUUGUUGUAUCCAUUAGUCUUUGGCAUUUCCUCGGAGAAUUUCGCCAAGGUGUGAUGCUUCCAUCGGUUUUAAGCCCCCAAAAGUUGGUUUCAUUGGAAUUCAGCCUUUAGGGAUUUUGAAUCUUAUACGGCAAAGAAGAUUAUACGUGAACUUGAAUGCUAAUGACGCUCACCCAUCCAUGUCUAUCUUAGAAGAAGAAACCUCCCCGACUCCAGAAGCUGAGCUUCCAUUCAGCAAAUGGUCACCUUCUAAAUCCAUAUGGAGAGGCUUAUCAGUCCCCAUCAUAGCAGGACAAGUCCUUCUCCGGAUACUCAAGGGAAGAAACACUCUCCAGCAGCUCGAGAGAACCGGACCCAAAUCUCUAGGAGUUUCCCUUCUCACUUCCACAUUCGUCGGCAUGGCUUUCACCAUCCAGUUCGUUAGAGAAUUCACCAGGCUAGGCCUCAACAGAUCCAUCGGAGGCGUCCUGGCUCUCGCCUUCUCCAGAGAGCUCAGUCCUGUCAUCACAUCCAUCGUUGUCGCUGGACGAAUGGGAAGCGCGUUUGCUGCUGAGCUAGGGACAAUGCAAGUCUCGGAGCAGACAGAUACGCUACGUGUCUUGGGAGCUGACCCGAUUGAUUAUCUCAUCACGCCGAGAGUUAUCGCUUCGUGUCUGGCCUUGCCGUUUUUGACGCUCAUGUGUUUCACUGUCGGGAUGGCUUCGAGCGCUCUGCUAUCUGACGCGGUUUAUGGGAUUAGUAUUAACAUAAUCAUGGACUCGGCUCAUAGAGCGCUUAGACCGUGGGACAUUGUGAGUGCCAUGAUUAAGUCUCAAGUGUUUGGUGCUAUAAUAUCUGUGAUUAGUUGCUCUUGGGGAGUUACUACUAAGGGAGGCGCUAAAGGUGUUGGAGAAUCCACAACUUCUGCAGUUGUCAUGUCACUUGUCGGAAUCUUUAUUGCUGAUUUUGUGCUUUCUUCCUUCUUCUUUCAGGGUGCUGGAGAUUCUUUAAAGAACUGUGUGUAACUUUUUUUUUCUGUCUUAUUGAUCCAAUACGGAUGUUUUUACAUAGCAA